AUGUGUGAUGCAUCUGAUUAUGCAAUAGGGGCAAUGUUAGGACAGAGGAAAGAUAGCUUAGUCCAUGUGAUAUACUAUGCCAGCAAGGUCCUUAAUGAUGCUCAAAGAAAUUAUACCACGACCGAAAAGGAAUUGCUGGCAAUAGUUUUCGCAUUUGACAAGUUUAGAUCAGAACUAAAGAGAAUUUUGGAAAAGACUGUGGGUGCAUCAAGAAAGGAUUGGUCAAAAAAGCUGGAUGAUGCUCUUUGGGCAUACAGAACAGCAUUCAAAACACCACUUGGAAUGUCCCCAUAUCAGCUGGUGUACGGUAAAGCCUGUCACUUACCACUGGAGCUAGAACACAAAGCUUUAUGGGCUAUCAAGAUACUAAAUUUUGAUAGCAUUACUGCUGGUGCAAAUAGAAUCUUGCAGCUACAAGAGAUGGAGGAAUUCAGGUCACAAGCCUAUGAGAAUACCAAGAUGUACAAGGAGAAGGCAAAGAGAAGACAUGACUCACAUCUUGCACCCAGAAGUGUCGAAAGGGGGCAGCGAGUGCUCCUAUACAAUUCCAAACUAAGACUGUUCCCAGAAAAACUCAAAUCAAGGUGGUCCGGGCCCUUUCUUGUCACAAAGGUCUCGCCGUACGGGCACGUAGAAGUCAUGGAUGAAGGGUCAGAAAGGACUUUUACAGUGAAUGGACAAAGACUCAAGCAUUAUCUGGGCAACAUGGGGGAAAACCCCAGAAUGACAUACCAUCUCAAGUGA